UAUAUUGUAGAACGUUGUAUGUCCUAUUUGUACGCCAAGAUGAUGAAGUUGGUGGUCCUCGCUCUCCUCGUGGCUGCUGUGGCCGCUUUUAACGUUUACCGUGAUAACUACGCCUAUAACUACGGUUAUCAGACAGCGGGAUACGCCAAGGCCCCUGAGAUCACCUACAACAGAGGAUACCCCAGAAACUACUUCUCUGGCUGCAGAGGUCACGUGUACAACACACAUUUCGAGGACUGUUGUGGUGGAGUAGCCGUCUAUGACCGCAGGUACCAGGACUGCUGUGGCGGACGCCUGGUAGUGGACAAACCCGCCCAAUGUCCAAGCCACUACGGCUACGGCAAGAAAUAUUAAACCGGACGUCUGACAGUUGAACGUCACGCCUGGAGACUACACGUAUCUAGCGGUAGCCUGACGUAGAGCGGCGUUGACGCGUUCCGGGCCUCCACGCGUAUCAUCCAAAAUAUUACAAUGAAAUAACACUGCUGCAGUUUUUAAAGACAAGCAACUGACUUUUUUAUUUUCAAAUUGUUAUGGGUGAUACUUAGGACUUCUACAAACUUUUAGUGACGUUUGAAUUUUCUGAAAAAGACUUGGAUUAAUCUACAUCACAAUCAGUAUUAACAGUCUAUGUAUUUAGUUCAUGGUAAUGUCUAGUGUAUGACGUGUGGCACAUUUUAUCCUUCCUUCACCAAAUAAAG